UUUAAGCAUGUGAUGCAGAGCACCUGCCCACUUUCACUGUUCAAAAGUCCUAUAUAAAUACGCCUAUUGCCCUCCCAAUUCCCAAACUUUGAUCUUCAAGCAGUAGCAAGAUCGUGAUUAAUUCUCAACCGCAUCUUAAUUAAGCCUUCCAAGAAAAUCUCCGAUAGAUCCCGGCCGGGCGUUCUUUCUAAAGCUAAGAGAUAUGGAAGAUUUGAGUAAAGCUGCAAAUUACUACUUGGAAACAGCCUCUGAGGGGUAUAAGAAACGGGCACAAAAAGCUAUUGACGAUGGAGAAUCCCUCGAGGAUUUCUACGUACGGAAGACGAAGAGAUGCAUACGUAAGUGCGAUGUUUGCAGUAAGCUUGUGGUUGGUUUCUACUUUUGUUGCACCAAAUGUGAGUUAUUCAUGGCGGGGUAUAACUACAACCUCUGCGUCGACUGUUUUUAUGGGGGGAGAACAUUCGAACACGAACAUGACACCUUCGCCGACAACCACAGUGUACUAAUGAUGCAUACCCAGGGACGUGGGGAACCCACUUGUGUAAUUGAACAGAACAAUGGAAAAGGCAAGCAAGAUUCCAACUCCGAAGACGAUGCUUCAAGUAGUCAUCCCAAGUCAUCAAUACCUCAUGACUCAAGUUUAAAAGACUCAAAUAGCCAUUCCAAGUUGACACAUCAUAAUUCAAGUAGUCAAACGAGGGGAAGCAGAUCAUCCUCUACAGCAAUCGAGAAAAGGAAUCGGCAUGGUGAUGACGUGGUGGCUGCAUUGAAGGUAGGACAGGCAAUAAUCAACACCGGCGCCGCGGUUCUCUCAAUUGCCAGUGCUCUUGGUGCUUGCACCAUCAUGUGAUGAUCAAAUUGACGAAUAAUAUUUUUUGUUUAAAUUAAUUAGUUCAUUUUUUUUUUGAACCACUUGAAAGUUUCUGUUCAAAUGCAUUAUUACUAGGUUGUUUUGGGUGUUGAAUUGUACUGUGAUUGUGCUAUAUUUGGUGACUGCUGGUCAGUUGCAGAUGCAUGGCAUAUCUUCAAAUCUUGUAGAUAGGUUCAAUUAUUUGUUUGAGAAACAAAUUAAAUAGAGAUUGUAAAGAGAGAUGGUCAUAAUUGGUAUUCAUCCAUUAAUUCAUGUAUAAAUUUGUUUUUUUUUUUUC